UAGGAACCUUAUUUUGCGGGUGGUGGUGUUACGCUGGGGACAAUUUUCAGUUCGUACAUAAAAAUCAAAAUAGCUAUCCAGCUAGCUUGGGGGCACAAUCUCAAACGACAACUAUAUAAUUUUGCGAUAAAGAUACAUUUAUUGAAAUACAAUAGUCUUUAGUGUCAAGUUUCAACAGUUUGACAAACUACGCAGAACGUUUAAAAUCUACAAUGGCGUCGCCCAUGGAAAUGACAGAGUUGUAUGACAACGCUUUGCUUGGAAUCUUGCAGCAUGUUGGAAACAUCCAGAAUUUCCUUCAGGUCUACUUCGGCUUCCUGUACCGCAAGACAGACUUUUACCGUCUGCUGUCAACCCCCAACGACCGUAUGGGCUUCCCUCCAGGGGUGGCCGAGAAAAUGGUCCUAAAGUCCUUCCGUCUGUUUGAGCGUGUGGCUGAGCAGGACAGAGAGAGGCAACAGAGGGAGCUGCAGCAGAGACAGGAGGCCAGGAUGGUGCCCCCCGCGGUGCAGGAGCUGGAGUUGCAGGCCACUGAGCAGCCAGAGGAGCCGAGGGGGGAGAAGACAGAGCCUGAUGCCCAGAGAGAGAGCUCUGACUCAGCUUCUGGAGAGCCCAGUGCAGCCUCUAGCACUACCUCCUCCAGCCAAGGCUCUUCCAGCCAAGCCCCAGACUCUAUUCCACAGCCCCAUUGCAGCAGUGUGGCCCAGCCGUCAUCACAUGGAGACCAGGCAGCAGCAGCCUGUUCCGCAUCUACAGAUGGUCAGGUGGUGCAACAGGCCAGUCCAGAUAGUUACAAUGGGGCGGUGAGGGACACCUACAGCUGGUCUCAGGACUACACCGAUGUUGAGGUCCGGGUCAACGUUCCCAAGACCGUCGUCAAGGGCAGACAGGUGUGUGUGAACAUGCAACCGGGCAGUGUGCGUGUGUGUUUGAAGGAGGAGGCAGGAGAGACGGUCCUGAUGGAAGGAGAGCUCACACAUAAGAUCAACACUGAGAACUCACUAUGGAGCCUGGAGCCUGGAUCUUGUGUGGUGUUGUCUCUCAGUAAGAGUGGGGAGGUCUGGUGGAGUGCUGUGUUGAAAGGGGAGAAGGAGAUUGAUGUGAACCAGAUCAACAGAGAGCGCUCCAUGGCCACGGUGGACGAGGAGGAGCACGCCGUGCUGGACAGACUCACCUUCGACUACCACCAGAAACUACAGGGCAAGCCCCAGAGCCACGAGAUGAAGGUGCAUGACAUGCUGAAGAAGGGCUGGGAUGCUGAGGGCUCUCCCUUUAAAGGACAACAGUUUGAUCCCUCCAUGUUCGACAUCCCCUCCAGUGCCGUACAGAUGUGAACACACAAUGUUGGGGAUUGGGGUUGAGAGACUGAGGAGAGUUAGCAGAUUUAUCAGUAGAAACUGCCUGGUAUUUUAAGAGGAUUCUUUCUUUUUCUGAGUGAUCUUUGAAUAGGAGGGAGAUGAGCUUUGUUACUGUGUUCUGACUGAUGUGACAUACCCGGGUUGUGUUCAUUAGUUACCAAACAGAAGAAAAAAUACAAACUGUGAGGAACUUCCUGCACUCCCUGAACGCUCAUUUACUCUUUCCAUUGCAAAUUGUUUUAAAAACCCUUUCCAUUUCGGGCCCUAAUGAACAUGACCCUGAACAUACCUGUUUAAGUGUCUGUCUGCCCACUGAACACACCUGGACCUAGGAGAUAGCUGUACAGACACAGGUCUAGGAUCAGAUAACCCUCCCCAUAUCUUAACCUUCACCAUUGAGGUGGAGAAUGCAGAACUGACCCUAGAUCAGUUUCGAGGGGCAACUUCCAGGUCCAGAUGUCUGUGGUGUUUUACAUGUAGACGACUGAUAUUGGUUGGCUAAAUACCUCCCUGCCAUUUUCAUUUUACUAAGGUGUGUCAGUACUGUGUGCCUGAAAUAAAUUAAAUAAAACCUGCA